AUGCCCGAUCUUUGCCAUAAAAUUAAAGAUGUUCAAUAUCAUACAUGGCAUGUUACUGAUUGGAAAAAUUUAGAAAAAAGGUUAACAGGUCCUGAAUUUACUGCUGGUGGUCGGAAUUGGCGUCUUUUGCUUUUUCCUUUUGGAAAUUAUAACUAUAAUAAUAAGGACCACGUUGGUAUUUAUUUGGACUUCGUUGAUCCAUAUGAUGAUUUACAUAUUACUGUACAGUUCGCUUUACUUUUGUGGAAUCAAAAAGAGCCAACAAAAUUUGUUAGUCAUGAAACAUAUCAUCUUUUCACCGUUGGAGAAAGUGAUUGGGGUUUUACAGGAUUUUAUGACUUAAAUAAGCUAUUCGUCCCAGCUGAUGGGCGAACUCAUCCACUAAUUGAAAAUGAUGCCUGCAAUGUUACUGUUCUCGUUCGUGUUCUCGAAGAUCCAACUAAAUAUAUUGGUUUAAAAGGUCGAGGGUGUUGCUUAAAUUCAGUGAUACAAUUACUUUAUUACAUAAGAUACCUUCAAAAGGCUUUAUAUCAAAUUCCCAUGGAAAGUGAUAAAUCAGCAAAAUGUAUUACUUCGGCUUUACAACGGAUUUUUUAUCAAUUAAAUGUUUCACACACUGAGGUUGAAACAAUGGAGCUAAAAAAAUUUUUUGGUUGGAAUACAUUUAAUAUGGGUAAUAUUCGAAAUUUCAUUAACAUACUCCAAGAUGAUCUUGAAAAUAAAAUGAAGAAUACAAAGGUUGAUGGUACAAUUAAUAAACUCUUUGCCGGCAUGAUAAAAACUCAUAUUAAAUGUGACAACGUGGAUUAUGAGUAUCAACGUGUUGAUGAGUACUACGAAGGUGAAACCCUUGAUGAUUCCUUUAUGAACUUUAUUCAAGAAGAAACUUUGGAUGGAAAUAAUAAAUACGAUACAGAUUAUUAUGGCUUGCAAGCUGCAAAAAAAAGGGCAACCUUUGAAAGUUUCCCACCUGUAUUGCGCAUAUAUUUAGACUACGAUUCGGAUCCGGAUGGUAAUUACGAGUAUCCCACCGAAAUUGAUUUACAAAAAUAUUUAUCUUCUCCAAAUGUAGAUAAAUCAAAAUCGUGUAGAUAUUUAUUAUAUGGGUUAAAGUUUAACGAUGACCAAAUUACUCUUGAAUCAUAUGGAGAAAUAUUUCAGGAAUCCCACGUUGUACAUAUGUUAGUAUAUAUUUGUGAAUCUGAUGCCAAUGAAAUAUUAUCUCCAAUACUUCCUAAAGACAUACCGGAUUGUUUGCAUGAAGAAAAAGAAAGUGACUUACAUAUGCAAACCUGGAUUGUAACUGAAGAGACAUUUAAAGGCCACAAAGGACUAGGCCUUAUUGAUUUCAAUAAUGAACAAUAUCCAUUUUCUCAUGCCUUUCAAUUUAACAUUUUAAAAGAGAGUACCUAUGGUGAUUUUAAGAAAACGGUCUCCGCAAAGUUCGAAAUUCCUAUUAACAGAAUGAAGUUCUGGGUGAUUCUAAAUCGAUCUAAUAAAAUAAAUAGACUACAUGAGCCUGUAACGGAUGAUUUUCUUGACAAAUCAAUGAAAGAUGUCAAAACGGAGUUAGUAAAGCAAGAUGGCGAAUUGGUAUUAUAUAUGGAAGUGUUGGAAAAUGAUGUGCCAUUACAUAGUAAUAUGAUUAUCGUCUUUCUUAAAUAUUUUAAUCCAGAGGCACAAUUAUUAGAAGGUCUUGGCCACUUGCGCGUUCAGAUACAUAGUAGAAUUGAUAGUAUCUUUCCAAUUAUCUGUGCUAAGACGAAUUUACCACCCAAAUCACUUUUUGAUAUAUACGAAGAAUUUGCAUCAGAUAUGAGUAAAAAGAUGAUACCAAAAUUUACCUUCAAAAUGGCUGGAAUACAAAAUGGUGAUAUAAUAUGUUUACAAAAAACAUUAAAAAAUAGAGAGAUUCAAAAACUUGAUUAUGCAGGCCGAAUCCAUAAUAUCCCUCAAUUUUAUGAAUCGUUAUCAAUGAAUAUUAUCGUUCAGUUCAAAUCAAAUGUCGGAUAUAAGGAUCCGAUACCUGAAUUUACAUUGGUUUUAAAUAAGGAGAUGACUUAUAAAAGUAUUGCUAGACAUGUCGCUAUUUAUCUUAACACAGAUCCUUUAAGGUUGCGAUUUACGACAUCAGGAUAUCUAAAAAAAGAAAUCAAAGAAACAACUAGUCAAACUUUAUUAGAGAUACUCCGAUCUUCAAC